AUGGAUACAUUAAUUCCUAACAAUUCAGUAAACAUUACCGGUGGUGAUGAUUUGGAAAUUAUUACAGGUAUUCCUUAUAAGAUAAUAAACGAUGGACAUUAUCUAGAUAAUGGGGGAGCAAAUUAUGGGUCGUAUGUUACUCUAUGUGGAAAUUCUUAUGACCGAAAUGAUUCCAAUUAUUCGAGGCAAAGAUGGUUUAUUGAAGAAUCAACAAAUCUUGGAGAAUAUAGAAUUUCCAGCAAUGGAAAGUAUUUAGAUACUUUUGGAGGUGAAAAUGAGUUUGAAUGUCGUAUGAGUUAUGAGAAUCAUUGUGAUAAUCCUUAUUAUUCAAGGCAGUUAUGGUCUUUUUUAAAUCAAAAUGAAUCUGAAUGUGAAUCUAAAAAAGUACAAAUUCAAAAUCUUUCGAAUAAAUGUUAUUUAGAUAAUUGGGGUGGAUAUUCAACUGUUCACUUUUCAUCACAUUUUAACCAACCAAAUGAACAUUUUUAUUCAAGACAUAUCUUUACUUCAAGGAAUCAAUCGCAUGGUUGUAAUAAGUUAGGAGUUACCUUAUCAGAGAAAAUGCCAAAUGUCACAUCUUGGUCUUUUAAUAAAAGCAAGGAGAUAGCUUUUUUGGAUAAACUUGAUGUCGAUAUAAAAGCAGAAUAUGCAGGAGUUAAAGGAAAUUUACCUGAAAUUAUAAAGUGGGAUAAUAAAACCACAUCUUUAGAAACUACCAAAAAAGUUCAAUUAGAUGAGACUAAUAUUUCCGGAAAAUAUUCAGUGGAGAUUCAAAAAAAAGAAGACGUUGAGGUUAAAAUAACAUGGCACAAG